AUUAGCACCCCGUAGCCUCCAUUCUCCAACAACAGAACAGAACCUCUUCUCUUUCUCCUUUCUCUUUCUCUCUGGCGACGGAAGAAGAUGGCUAGCGGUGGGUUGAAGAGGAUGCUAACGGCGGCAAUCACUGGCGGAGUGACGGAGGCACGAGCGAGCAUAUUCGGCCACCAAUUGAACCUCACCGGCAAGAAAUCACCGCACAAGGUUCUUCGCAUGAAGCUCUUCGGUGAGAAAGUCGCUCAGUGGUACCCUCAUGACAUCAAGAAAGAUGACCCUCUUGUCAUGGCCCGUGAACAACAAGAACGCUUAUCGAAGCUUGAAAUGUUGAAGCGGCGGGGUAAAGGGCCUCCCAAGAAGGGUCACGGAAGGCGUGCAGCCAAACGCAACAAAUAAGUUAUACUUUCACCUAUUCCUGAAACCGUAUUGUGGGCAUUGUUUUGAGUUAAAGACCAGUAGUUGUUUCUGUAAACACUUUGAAUUUAAUUUAUUUUAUCAGAAUCAUAGAAUCUGUCAGGCCAAUUUCCUGAGAGAAAACUUGAUGCACUUGAGAAUUGAAACCAUUGUCCUCUUUUGGUUGGACAUCGCUGUCUCUUUUGUGCAAUUACAAUUCCAGAAAUUGAUAUGUUCACCUUCAAAGUUGGAAUACAAAUGCACAAGGUUUUUGUUGUUGA